AUGAAUACCUAUUACAGUGCGAUUCUUUUCUUUUUAAUGCAACUUGCAAUAAAACAUAAUAAAGCAAAGGUCACCAUAGACACGGUAUGUAAAAAUGGGUAUCUGAUUCAAAUGAGCAAUCAUUUUGAGUGUGUAUGUGAUGAUGGACAUGUACAUGUAAAGGACGAUGUGUGUGAACAGAAACAAGAAUGCAAAGAAGGAACUAAAUCUAAACCUUGUGCUGAUUUUUCUACAUGUGUUUUGGCUAACACGCCAAAUAAAUAUACUUGUAUGUGUGAUGUAGGAUAUACUAAUGUAAAAGAUGUUUGUGUUCCGUCUGUAUGUAAAAAUGUAUCUUGUGAUAAAGGAAAAUGUAUUUUAGACCCAAAUAAUGAAGAUGUUAAAACUGCCAUAUGUUCUUGUGAUAUAGGCAAAGUUCCAGAUCCAAAUAACAAAAACAUGUGUACAAAAGAUGGGGAAACUAAAUGUACAUUAAAAUGCUUAAAGAGCAACGAAACUUGCAAAGUUGUAGAAGGACGUUAUAAAUGUGACUGUGAAGAUGGUUUUUCUUUUGAUAAAGAAGAAGGUAUAUGUACUGCCUAUUCAGUAUUUAACAUUGUAAAUUUAAGUAUCAUUUUCAUUAUAGCUUUAACCUAUUUAUAUAUUAUUUGA